AGAGCGAGAAACUGGGAACAGAUUGCAGGGCAGGGGCCAGGCCUGGGUCUCUGGCCAAAGGGGGCCAGCAAAGGAGAAACCGGGCAACAUCUAAGAUUGGGAGAGAGCGUGCACCAGGGGCUGCAGGGGUGGCGGACGGAGGAAUAAGCAGGUCCAGAACUGGGCGAGGGGCUGGAGCCAACAGGACGAUUCAGAAGAGGUGGGCAUCAAGGCAAAGAAGAGGACACAGGUUGGAGGAGAUCGGAGGCCGGAGUGACAGCUGACUGGGAGUAGAAGGCAGAGAUGGGAGCCCAGCUGAGAAAUAAAUCCUGGAUGGGUGAGGGCUCCUCGCCUCUGUGGGCAGUGGUGGGCUCCACCGGUUGGCCUGUCGGCCAUUUCUGCCUCUCCGCCUGCCUCUUCCUGGUAGAGUUGGUAGCCAGCCGGGUGACCGGCUCACUGCUCCUGCUUUCCUGCGCAUUCCACACCCUGGGAGGUGCGCUGGCUCUUGCUGUGGCCUUGACCGAUGCCUGGCUGGUGACCGGAGGACACCCCAGUCGGAGGAAUACCUUCGGGUGGGUGCGAGCCCGCAUUGCGGGCACCCUGGCCAGCGCCGUCUUCCUGAGCGCCCUGUGCCUUGCGCUCCUGCCCAAGGCGCUCCGCAGGGUGGCCGAUCCACACGUCACACAGCAUGCGUUGGCCCUGAUGGGGAUCGGGGCCGUGGGGAUCCCGAUCCACCUUGCCAGGGUGGGACUGCAUGGCCAGCAGCCCCAAGACCCGGGCGCCAGGCCGUGCUGCAGCAGGAGGAGGGUGACUGAAGGAGACAGCUGUGCCCAGGAGAUGGAAGAUCUGCUGGGCAACGGUUCCUCGGCCAACGGGCAGCCCUGGAUGGAGGAGGACAGGGAGGCCAGCCCCAUGCCACCCUCAGAAAAAUUGGGGCAGUGGACAACGCUUUGCCUUGGUCGGGUGGUCGCCUGCCUGGGCCCUGCGGCCGUCCUUCUGUACUCUCUCAUGUUCCACCUGCUGUGGCCUCCUUGCCUGGGCAACGCAGCCUGCCUCAGCCACUGCCCCAGGUCAACCUGUUGGGCCUGGCAUACUGCGGAGGCACUGCAGUGGGGACGCGCCCCUUGCUGGCUGCUCUACCUGGACCCUGGGCUCGCCGUGGCUGUGUCGGUGGCCCUGCUGUGCUUGGCGUGGCCGGCCCUGCACAGCUCCGCUCUGGUCCUCAUGCAGGCGGCACCGGAAGAGCUGGACCUGGGGCUGCUGGAGCUGCAGCUGCGGGCCACGGAAGGCGUGGUGGCCGUGCGGGACCUCCGUGUGUGGCAGCUCGACGGGCCCAGCAGCUUAGUGGGCACGGCCCACGUGCGCUGCCGGGACGUGGCCACGUGCGAGGCCGUGAUGGACAGGGUCCAGCGGGUGUUCUGCGAGCAUGGCGUUCAUGCCGCCACAGUUCAGCCAGAUCUUGGCGUUUGUCCGGGUGGCGGGUGGUGCGAGGGGGCGCCACGAAAGAGGUGCCUGGCCCCGUGCCCUGCCAUGGUCAUGGAAUACGAGACCACGGUGUGAGCUGAACAGAUGCACCACUUGGGGGGUGGGAGAGGUGGGAGACCAGGGUGGGGGGGGUAGGGGAAGAGUACCUCACAAAUUUCCAUUUUUCUCUGCUACAGGCGUCCUGCUUUCUAGCUAGGUGAUGUUACGGGUGUCCGCAGUAAUACCGUAUUUUUUGCUCUAUAAGACUCACUUUUUCCCUCCUAAAAAGUAAGGGGAAAUGUGUUUGCGUCUUAUGGAGCGAGUGCAGGCUGC